AUGAGCCUCGGCAAUUUCUUAUCACCCGCUUAUCGCUUAUCGGAUGACUUUUCCCAAGUGGAGAUGGUGCAUCCUCAGGCCAACCGCCCAACGUCGCCGGUCGCUUCCCCCUCGUUCGUCUGUUUCAAGGCCCGCAAGCUUACCGCUGAGGAUGCGCUCGCCGAGGAGCUGCCAACACAGGGUGCGGCACAAGUCCAGCGGCUAUCUCGGACGUACUCUCAUGUCAAUGUUCCCAGUGCUGUCCAAUGGCAAGUGGGUGAGCAUGCUGGGUUCGUGCAUGCUUUCAUGUCCAGUAUGCGACAUGGACCGAUUCUGCAGCAACGCCAGCGCGAGACUUGGGAACGUCUUGGAAGAUACCUAUCGACACAAAAGGACCUCCCGAUCGAGGAACAGCGUUUGAAUGGUCUACCGAGUGACAAGGUACUCAUCAUGUGCGGGGACCAUGAUGCUGUUAUCGUCAAGAAUGAGCUUGUCCCUGAUGCAACGUCGGCACUUCAAGGACAUGCAAGCUUCAGAUUCUUCAACGCAGGCCACGAGUUCCCAAGUACCAAAUAUGAAGAAGUGGCCCAAUAUGUGAUGGAAUUAAUGCACUGA